CCCUUGUGGUAUACUUGGGACGUACCAUUUAUUGAGGCCAAUGAUUAUAGCGUAAAGUAAUUUAUACAAGAACGAAUUUUGUAUGUCGUAGUAAUUAAUGGCGAGUUUAUGUUGAAUUGUUGAUCGGAGAGGUUAAUAUUGAUAGAGCAUAUAUUCGAAAUAGUUAAAGAAAAAACGGAAGAAUAUACGACAGACUUCUGAAAAAUGUUUGUUGUGUUAGGUUUCUGUUGAUUUGAAGUAUUCUGCUCAACAAACAUACAUAAUAUACGUAUUGGUAAAAUGAGUUGAAGUUGAUGUUAAAGUGAUAGUAUUUUUGAAAAUCUAGAAAUAAUGAAAAUGAGUAAAAGGAUGUUCUGGGUGUGUGGCCAUUAAAACAUGUGAUAAAGAUAAUGUCGAAAACACAGAUCACACACAUAUGAAAUGGCGCAGUCAUCUGAAGGAACAGAGGUGCCAGAUAUGGUACAUAGUUCCAAUAAUGCUAACUGGGGAACUCCAGGUGCAGCAGAUGGUGAAGUAGUUUGUGGUGUAGGAAAUGACUGUGUGAUGUUUCCUAAUAUCGUUGUCAUCUCCAGUGUGCCUCAGCAACAGGAUAAUGAAAUAGUGGAGUAUUUCCCUGAACAGGAUUUUUUGGAUAUCCAAGUUACUGAGGAAGAAGUGAUAAGUGAAACAUGGGAUAAUGGACAGCCAUUAGAUGAAGAAAGUCAGCACUUGAUGGAACUAAAGGUGGCAUGCAACCCCACAACAGAACCUGACGAAGUCGAGAUACCAUUACCACAGGAUCAAGAUGCGUACACAACAAUGCGCCCAUAUCCCUGUGAUUUCUGCAGCCGGCGAUUUCGUAAGAAAGCAAAUCUGAUGAACCACAUGUUUGCCCACCAGACAGAUCGUCCGUAUGGGUGCAACCUCUGUGGGGCUCGAUAUCUUCGCAAAUGUGACCUUAUGAACCAUAUGAAAAUCCAUGCAUAUGCACCUGGACAUCUUGGUAGUGAUGAUGAUGAGGAUGAUGUUCCAGUGAAUAACUCAAACAGGAAUAACAAUACUGCUUCACUGAAGGGGAGGAGAAAGAAAGCACAGUCAGCAGCACCAAAGAAACGGAAAAAUCUUACUGCUGCAGCACAAGAUGGCAGUUAUUUGGAGGAGGAUGACAGCCUCAACUCUAAAGAUUUCAAAAGAUCCAACUAUAGCAAUGCCUUGUUGCGUAAAAAGCUUGGGAACAGUAGUAGUGGAAGUUACAGUUAUGUGGAUGAAGAUGUGAAAUUAUUGUCACAACCACCUCCUACUUCUACUCCCAGCAUGGAGCCACAAGAACCUGCCAUGCCUCGUUGGCCAGUUAUUGAUGAAAGUCGGCCGUAUGUUUGUCAGCACUGUGGUGUAGGUUUUGCACGUGAGAAAGCACUUGCUUCACAUGCAAGGGUUCAUGCUGGAGACAGCCCAUUUGAAUGCAACACAUGUGGGGAGAUGUUCUGGGAUCUUGGGCUCUUGAAGGAGCAUUCACGCACAAAGCAUGCUGGAAGAAGUCGGGAUGAGCCGGAUAUUUCUGGUCCAUAUACGGGUGAUGAUCGGUUUGGAGAGUUCCACUGUGAGACUUGUGGCCUUGGUUUUCAUCGACAGGAUCUUCUUAAACGUCACCGGAGAAUCCAUGUCAAGUUUGAGCCAAACAGCAGUGCAAUGGCAAACGUAUGUCAGGUGUGUGGUCAGGACUUCCCUGGGCAGAACGACCUUUUGGCGCAUGUUGAAUCACAUGCACGUUAUCAGCCUCAUCGCUGUAUGUUGUGCGGCGAGUGUUUUUUGGAUGCACCAGCUGUUGCUGCACACGUCCGACGACGGCAUGCUCGUAACAUCCCGCCCAAUGCCUGCACCCUCUGUGGUAAAACUUGCAAAGAUCGUCGCUCACUCCAGAAACAUGCUUGGGUCCACCUAGCUGAACGCAGCUUUUCAUGCCACAGGUGUGGCAAACGCUUUCACAGUCGUGCACGUCUUAAAAGACACAUGGUUUCUCACAGAGACAAAGCAGUGUCUUGUGAAGAAUGUGGGCUGGAAUUCCCUGAUGGACGUGCACUUAUAAACCAUCGUCACAGCCAUAACAAAGAACCAUCAGCACGCCAGUUUUCAUGUGCAGAAUGUGGAAAAACCUUUGGGUCGCGAAGCAGUCAACAGAUUCAUGCGCGAAUCCACACUGGUGAGCGUCCAUAUGGAUGCCGCUUCUGCUGGAAGGCAUUUGCUGAUGGUGGCACAUUACGCAAACAUGAACGCAUUCACACAGGAGAGAAACCUUAUGUAUGUGCUGUGUGUCCUCGUGCCUUCAACCAGCGGGUGGUACUAAGAGAACAUAUCCGUUCACAUCAUUCGGGUCCAGAGCCAAGGACAUCUGGGACUCACGCAGCAGUAUAUGUCUGUAAAGUGUGUGCGGCAGCUUUCAGCAGUUCUGAGCAGUUAUGUGCACAUCUGAUCCAGCACAGUGAUGAAAAUACUGCAAAACAACGGAUGCCCAAGUUGGGGCCGCGUAAAUACAAGCGCCGUCGCAAGCUGAACCCUCAUGAGCUCACAUUGCUGUCUAGUGCUGUGGGUACGACUCCUGGAGACACAUCUGCUGAUGGGGAGCCAGAUUCAGAUGAUCGGACCAACUACAAGCAUAAGAUUGCCAAGAAGAAGUUUAGACAAAAAGGCAAGUCAAAUACUGGUGAAAAUUUUGAAUCAGUUGUAAAAAGUUUUGAGUCUGUAAUUGAAAAUUUCAAUUCGAUUGUUAGCCACUCAAAAUCGGAACCUGGGAAGGAGAAAGUUGAAAAGGAGAAGCACAAACCCAAACGGAAAUCAGCGGUGGAUGGGAAACAUAGUGGAACAAAGUCCAGAACUAAUGUACCAGACCUGUCAUCCGGAGGAUUUGUGAAAAGUACGAGACCUGCUGGUGAAAGUAGAGUAAGGCCAAGAACAAAGAAUGUGACAGUGAGUACACUUGCAGCUUUAAAGGCUGUAACUUCAAAACCAAAGUCAGCUUUGAAAGCUGGCCGAGAUGUAAGCAGAGUGGGACCAAGGACAAAGAAUGUAAAUUACCACAAUGUCAAGAUGGCAAAACUUCCUACAGCAACUUUUCCUGUUGGGAAAUCUAAGUUGACAAAAACUGUUAUACACUCUGUACGCGAUUUGAAACAAAAAAAUGUUGAAUCUCUUCCUAAAGAUAGGAACGAAUGUGCCAUUGUCAAGUCAGAGAGUGAUUUUAAUAUUGACUCUGCUGCAUUGUUAGAAGAUGGGAAAGAAGUGAAAGUUGAAUUUACAUGUGAAAUGUGCAGUGAAACCUUCACAAAGCGAUCUGAACUUUUGAUUCAUGUCCCUAUACACAUUUAAUAUAUAGAACUCUUAAAUAUAAUGUGUUGAAUUUGCUUUGUAAUGCAAAACAAUAUGAGAGUUGCUCUUACAGCGAUUCAAUUUAAAGAGACUUGACUAAGCCACAUGAAUAUAUAUUUGAGUUGUAGUAAUAUGUAAAGAAUAAUAUUUUGGAUAAUGUAAUUGGAAGGUAUGCCAUAAUAGGUAAUGUCAAGUAUUGUAAUGAUGUGGUAUAUGUGUUGUGUGCAUUGUAUGUUCAUGAUAGACUUUAACAGAAUAAUUUUUAUAACUUGUUUCAAGUUGUAAAUAUAAUGUCAUUAUGUUUCAAGCAAUAGAAAAUGAAUAUUACAGUAAUUCAAAUGCAUCAGUUAUGAAAUGAAUUGCAUGUGGUCAUGUGGUAGGGUAGUUUGUUAAGGCACUAUGCUACAAGCCAGAAGGUCGCGGGUUCGUGUCCUAAUGAGGUCA